AUGGCCAGCAAGAGGAAAUCCACCGUGCCCUGCAUGAUACCAUCCAAAUCCAAACAUGUGCGCGAGGAAAUUAUCCUGGGCUCGCUGCCAGAACUCCUACCGACAAUCCCGGAAGACGGCAUACUCAGCAUCUCUGGAGAAGAGUCUGGCCAUGUCUCUCAUAGCUCAUCCAAAUCUGAAUGUGGCAGCGAGGUACAGAAAGGAGGUACAUACAGUUGUCCGCCGUGCUCUUUUGAGUCCAGAGAUUUAAACUACUUUUUAGAUCACAUGCACAACUGCCACUUAGACUUCAGGGCCCAGCCCACUUUCUACUGCCUGAACUGUGGGAUCUCCGUUGUUCGCUUUGAGGCUCUGGCCCUGCAUAAUGCCAAGACUCAUCCUAAGAUCAUGGAGGGCUUAAUGACCGCCUCUCUGAGUGUCAACAACAGAGAUGGAAUCACAACAGUGGAGCAAAGCCUCUUCACGGACAAUGGAGACCACUACCGAGAAUCUGGAAUCUCCCUUAGCAAAACCCCCAUUGCAAAGAUGAUCAGAGCCAAGGGAGAGCACAAAAAGAUUGUAGUAUCGCAUACCGUGGAAGUAUUGAAGAAAGCUAGUGGGAAAGAUGUCGACCCCAGCAUGCUGACAAAUGUGCCUGAACUCCAAAACGGGGCUCUCAGUGUUUCUGGCGCCCAAGCUAUGCCGAGGACAGCUGUAAGUCACGUGAUCGCGACAACAGUGUCCAACCAAGUCUUUCACCAGCACACUCCCUCCCUGUACUCCCCCCCUUCCUCCGAUUCCAAUAAAGACCUUCCAAAGGUAAUGAUCCCUCUUAGCAGCAUCCCCACCUACGAUGCCGCUAUGGACACCAGCAGCUUUCUUAAGACAUCCUUUGGCAAGUUCCCCUACCCGACCAAAGCGGAGCUCUGCUACCUGACAGUGGUGUCAGAGUUCCCCGAAGAGCAGAUCAAACUGUGGUUUACUGCCCAAAGACUCAAGCAGGGCAUAAGCUGGUCUCCGGAGGAAAUCGAAGAGGCCAGGAGGAAGAUGUUCAACACAGUGUUCCAGGGCGGCGCGCCCCAAAAGCAACCCGCGACGCAGCGUCAUGUCAAUCACAUUGUUACUCACCACACCGUAACAGCCCCUUCAGGUUCAAAAGGACCAAACUUUCCCAUGGCUGAAGUCCCCUACGGCGGUGGAAGAACCAGACCUGUGGGAGUAAUGGCCAAGCAGGCCAGCAUGUCGUCUAAUCCCCACGUGACGAGGGUCUCGUAUUCGACUCCGCUGCUUUCUCAGAAGGUUCCGUCUUUAGUCAGAACAACACAGACGCUGACCAAGAACAUUCAACCAGCUGCAGAGCCAGAGAAGAGCAGCAACGGCCUCGGCGCGGACGCGGCAGCUGGAUGCAGCCGCAGCAGCAGUAGCAGCAGUACCUGCAGCAGUAGCAGCAGCAUCACCAGUGUCACCGGAUAUUCCAGCAGCAGUAUCAGUGGUGAGGCCGUCGCCCGCAAAACCGUGAACAACAGCAGCCCGACUAACGGCAUCCACAACUUCGCUGCCUGCGCCACAAAUAUUAGCAAUAACGAUUUGCACUACGUCAAUCCCCCCAAUGAAAAGAUGCGCAACAGUUUACUGACAGGAUCGGAAGGUUUAAACAGUCACGGCGCCCUAGAAAACACCAGCAACAUCAAUCAUAACAAUCAUAACAGCGUCGUAAUCAGUCCUCAAGAGCACGCAGACACCUUGAGGAAGGACAAGCAACGCAGCAUUCAGAGCACCAACAGCAGUAUUACCGAUGAACACGCUGCCUCGAAAGACAAUGUUCCCCACCUGAACCACGCCAGCACUUCCCCCACUGAAAGCACCACCAGCACCACCGUCAUUACAAAAAGUAGUUCAUCUGUGAUGGAUGAGGGCAAACGCAACAAGGAGUUGAGCAUAAAAGGCAUGUCAAUCUUGCAGCAACUCAUCAAGGAGGACGACCUUUUUACUGGAGACAGAAGUUCAGAACAGAAAAUGGAACCCAUCAAGAUCAACUUCAAAAGGCUGAAAAUGAACGAAAGCGAGAGCAUAUCAGAGAUGGCGCGUCAAGAACACAAAGCGGAGAUAGGCGAAGGAUCCUUCUCACUUCCCUGGGCCGCCAACAAGAACGCCCGGCAGCUGCGCAUCCUUCGCCAGGCGUUCUCCAGCGCACGCUGGCCCAACAGUCAGCAAUACGAAGAGUUAAGCAGACAGACUGGCCUCCCCAAGUCUGAGGUGGUACGCUGGUUCAGCGACAGCCGCCAUAGCCACAAGAAUGGACAACUCAAGUGGCUGGAGACCUACCUGCGACCAGCUCUGGAUGCAGAGGAAGCGGGCGGUAGAUUAGACGCCGAAGCCAAAUCGCAGCAGGACCAGUCGGUUGCCGCAGUGAAACAUUCGGAGCAAGACGUGAACAAAGCCCUGGAAGAAGAAGGAAAAAGAAACACUGACCAACCGCUUCAAUGGCAGGAUUUAACCUCACCACUGCGAGGUCUGGUGGCGACUGAGGGAAGUGGCGAGCUCAUCAAUGCUGAGACCUCCACGAAGCCGGGAGUCUUGAAGGACGCCUGGCCGGAAAGAGACCAUCAGCAGCUAACUGCUAGCCAGCCACUUAUUGAACAACCCAACGAUGCCAAUCAGACCAGGUGA